UUAUAAUUACAACUAAUGGGUUUAAAAUGGACUGAUUUCUUGUGAAAAUAAACCAAAUAAAACUGCAGAUUUGGAAGAUCAGAAACUGUCAGAAACAUUUGAGGUGGGAAAACCUGUAGUGAAAAAACCACGCACCAGUGGUGGAAGUGGAAAUUCUUCUGAGAUAAGAAAAACAUGCAGUUACAAUGCUGAAUAUCUUAAAUUCAGGUUUACUACAAACAGAAGUGUACACCCUUUGCCACUUUGUGUGAUUUUCUGAGAGACUUUAUCUAACCGCUAUAUGAAACAGUCUCUGUUGAAAUGACACCUUAAUAGAUAGCAUCCUAUAUUAAAAGAUAAAUCAAUUGAAUAUGUUACAAGAAAAUGUGAAGGUAUCAGUAUAUCUAGUGCUGCUAUGAAAAAAUUACGUUUAGUGAAAUAUAAGUUGACAAACUUAAAAAUAUCCCACAGUCGAAUGAUACAAUAAGAUGAAGAAUUGACGAAAUGGCAGAAGACAUAAUAAAACAAAUUACUGAAAAAAUUAUUCAGAAACAGUUCGCUUUACAACUUGACAAAUCAACAUAUUUCCAAUUGCACAUCCCUACUGCAACUUUUUAGUAUGCUAACAGGAGCAGAGCCUAAGGUGUGCUUGACAGUUGAGUGACUAAGUACAUUCAUCCGAGUGCAACAAUAUAUUUGAUAAUCAUCUAGCUCUCUGAAAGCAUCUUAUGAAGACUGUCUGAUUUCAUAUGGGCUGAGCAUCUCUCCUUUUCAUAUACGAUGGCAAACUAAUCUCUUCAACCGUCUGUUCUACAGUUGGGGACGAUGGAAACCCAGAUUUCUUUAUCUAUGGUUCAGUAUAGGAAUGGUGUUUGGCAUAGUUGCCAUGUUUGGUUCUGUUCUUCUCCUUGGAAGGACACUGAUGCAGACACUGACGGUGAUGAUAACUGAAGCCCCUACCGUACAGAAUGAUCGUAUGUUACAAGUUGUGGUGCCUGGUGUAAAUCUGCCCAUCAGCCAGUUGACCUAUUUCUUCACUGCAAUUCUCAUCAGUGGUGUCAUACAUGAAGUUGGCCAUGGGGUGGCAGCUAUUCGGGAACAAGUACGGUUUAAUGGAUUUGGGAUUUUUAUCUUUAUUGUAUAUCCUGGAGCAUUUGUCGAUCUGUUUACCACUCACUUGCAACUUAUAUCUCCAGUACAGCAGUUAAGAAUAUUUUGUGCAGGUGUCUGGCAUAAUUUUGUUCUUGGUGUUGCAAGUCUCAUAGUUCUGUUUCUGCUGCCAGCAAUUCUUUUCCCAUUUUACUACACAGGCGUUGGGGCACUUGUCACUGAAGUCACAGAGGAUUCUCCCGCCAAUGGACCCAGGGGUCUCUUUGUAGGGGACCUGGUAACUAACGUACAAGAUUGCUCCAUUCGUGGUGUGGAAGACUGGAAUUCCUGCCUUGGAGAGAUCUUGCAGAAGUCACAAAUUGGGUACUGCAUAAAUGCAGCCACCCUACAUCAGUUAAGCUUCCCAGCCAGGGUCUACAGAAGACUUGACGGCACUAUUGAAUGUUGUAGUAACAGCAGUCUCACAGAUGUUUGCUUUUCAUACAGCAAUAACUUGGACAGCCACUUGUUUGCCUGUCUGCCAGCACGAAAAGCUAUUGAGGCCAGCCAAGUCUGUCGAACCAAUAUGGAUUGCCAGAAGGAUUUUGUUCCACGUUUGUGUGUGACUCCUUCUUUAGAAAAUCAGACAAGAUUAAUCAGAGUGAAACAUCCACCCCAUGUUGAUAUGCUGUUUGUAGGACAUCCAAUGCAUCUUCAGUAUACAGUGAGUCUUAGCAGUUUCGUACCACGACAUAACUUUCUAAGCAUUGAUCUGCCUGUGGUGAUCGAGACAAUGUGCAAAUAUUUAAUUUCACUGUCAGGAGCCUUGGCAGUUAUCAAUGCAGUACCCUGCUUUGCACUUGAUGGUCAAUGGAUAUUAAACUCUUUCCUGGAAGCCACUCUUACUUCACUGAUUAUAGAGAAACAAAACAGAGAGCUUGUUGGGUUUUUAAUCUUGCUUGUUGGCAGUGCGCUUUUGGCUGCCAAUGUAGCACUGGGACUUUGGAUGGUGACUGCCCGAUAGUAUAUUGGAUACACUUCUGCAUCUGAUUACUUCCAUGAAUCCUCCAGGUACACACAAAGUAAUGAAAUCCAUUGCCUUGGAAAACUUGCUGUGUAUGAGAUAGGAAUAACUUACUAUAAAUUACAGUGGAAGAAAGAUUGGUGAUUGGAGUUGUAUGUUAAUUUAUCUCUGCAAAGUCUUGUGCAGAUAAUUUGUGGAAAAGCUGAAAGAGUAAGAACUCUUCUCUUUUGAUAUUGUUUUCAAAGCACUGUGAUCAUUCUGGAGAAAUUACAUGUAAACAAUUUUACAAGCAAAAGACUAACGCUUGGUGAAUUUAAAUUCCAAAAUGAAGGAAUAUAUGUGACACUGAAGUCUUGAAUACUGAGGGGCAGGGGAUGCCUACUUAAGCUAUGUUUUAGAAUUUGAAUAAUGAUGAGAUGCUCCAUUCAACCAGUGCAUAUUUGGGUCAUUUGUUUGUUUAUUUAAAUUUGAUGGUGUACCAAUUUGGAACAUGAAAAACUGAAGUGUGCGCUCAUUUUUUAAAUUGGUGCCAGACCAUGUAAAUUACUGCCAUGUAUUCACAAGGAGCAAGGCAUUCUAUGCUUUAGUACCCUUCUCUCCCAACCUGCUGAUAAGGUUGGAAGCAUAUGUCCUGCCUAAGUAGAUGAAAUGUCAAUUUCAGUGAUGCCAAUGUUAAUUGAGAAAUGGGUAUGUGGAAAAAUGACAAAAACCAUCCAUGUAUUGUCUGUGUUCUCUGAAAUAUUACGUGUGUAAUGUGUACCAUUGAGAAUAUUUUUGAAGAUAAUAUUUUGUGCAUCAGCAAUAGCUUGAAAAUAAUUUGGAAUUCUAGUUUCCCAGUAAGAAUUGUGAUUGCUGAAAUAAUACUAUGCAGAAUUAUUCAGAAAUGAUUGGCAAGGGUGUGUGUGUGUGUGUGUGUGUUUCUGAAGAUAUAUCCUCUGUUGCCAUGUAUACAGUAGGAUUGAUAUACAGUACCUCAUUGGUGUUUGUCUUUUAUAAAAGAGUUGCUUUUCUUUGAUUGAUUAAAAUGAAUACUGAUGAAGAUGUUCAGUUGAGCUUGAGUCAUAACUGAGCAGAAAAACAAUAUGGUUAUCGCUAAAAUGAAAUAUGUUGGCAUGUGGCUUUGUCUUCCAAAAUGUACAUGGACCAAGUGAUAGAAGCCUCUGUAUAUUUAACUGACGAUUGAGUUUUUUUCUUAGUGCUGCAUGUAUGUCCUGAUAACUGCGUGUUACUCUGUAUUUGACCACUCCUAUGUUACUCUAUUUUCUCCGUAUAGUCUGCACAUUUAAGAGAAAUGUGGAACACAUAUGGAUUGCAAUGAAAAAUGUUUUCUCUUUAGACAAAGUGAGCAAUAAUGCCCUAGGUUCAUUUACCUGGGCUUUUGUUAGUUUGCUUGACAGUCUUGAGUACAUAUAUUUUGAAUUUACCUCUUGCAUAUUUCUCUAGUUUGUCUUCUGACACAUGUUGUUUGUGGCACUCACCCUAACUUAGUAGAACUGAUCAAAUUAGUUAUUCAAUGAAACUAGUUAUUCAAUGAAACUAUCUUCAGUAGUUUAAAAUCAUCUGAUUACUUUGUAUGUAUUCAAGUUGCUGUAAUGUUUUCUUCUCACAUAUAAUCUCUAAUGCCAUUAUGGCAGUUUCCAAAUAUUAUUUGGGUAAAGUUUUAAAUUUACUAUUUUGUACAUGAAUAUUUAUCCUCACUGCAGAUAUUCGUGUGUUAAUCUGUACAGACACACUACUUAUCUGAGGUGCAGAAAAAGAGAGAGAAAAAGCUGUUCUCUGGUAAGUCUAUUAUAACUGUACUGCUAAUAUUCUGCUGAAUUGAGUCCCACUUCUCUAAAAUUAAUUGGUCACUUAAUGGGUCACCUUUACAUUUAAUUAAAAAGAAAAUAAAUUCAGUUUAUUUUCUUGUGGCUAGUGAUUAUGAAAGGAUCAAUUGGGCCAGCCUUUGGGCUUGUCUGUGCAGCGUGGCAAAGGCUGUGAUAUAAGGAUGUUAAGGGGUAACCGGUAAACAUAUAUUUUAACCAGUUAACAUUUUAAAUAUGAUUUUACAUCCUUGGUGAGAUUUGUGAGGUGCUCUGUCAUGUUACAAUCUUACUGCUCUGUGUAGAUCCUACUGGUGCUCUCCAGAGGGUACCUAGUUCAUAUUAACUUAGUCUUAAACCCCAGCAGGGUUUACGUGGGGCAGUGAGACUGCAACCUGUUAGUGUGCAUUGCAAAUCACAGCACUCUGGAGUGCUUUGCAUUGCCAAGUAGACACACCCUAACGCAUACAGAGUAAUACUUUAGGUUGCAUCUACACAGCAGGGCUUAACUUGAAAUAAACUGCGCAAAUUGAGUUACGUCAAUUGCAUAGCUUAUUUUGAAAUAGAGCAGUCUUCCUCCAACUUUCCUUACUCCUCGUACAAUGAGGUUGUCUCUAGACUACAGGGGUUUUUUUUGAAAAAAGUAGCCUUUUUUUGAAAAAACUUCCCCUGCGUCUAGAUUGCAGCUACGUUCUUUCAAAAGUAAAUAAAAAAAGCGACCGUUUUUUCGAUCGUGGUAAAUCUCAUUUUACGAGGAAUAACACCUUUUUUCGAAAGUACUCUAGACUCUUUUGAAAAAGCAGCUCGCUUUUUCAAAAAAUCUUUCAAAAGAGGCUUGUAGUCUGGACAUAGCCUGAGGGUUACAGGAGUUGGAGUAAGAAGUCCUCCAGCUUGAUGGUAUUUCGACAUUAUUUUGAAAUAACUGCCUGCUGUGUAGAUACAGAAUAAGUUAUUUCAAAAUAAUGUUGCUAUGUAGACAUACCCUUAGUGUGUAAAAAGUCCCUUUAAUUUCAGUGGGCCAGAUUUUGCCAUCACCUUUUAAAUCCCCAGUUCAACAAAGCACUUCAGUACAUGCACAAACCCAGGGGCAGAUGAGGAUUUUGCGGGGCCCAGGGCAGCACAAUUUCACGGGGCCCUCCUUUGACGCGGCGCUUCUUGAAGUGCAGAGCCCGGGGCGGCCACCCCACUCGCCCUGCCCUAUAUCUGCCACUGCUCAAACCCAUCACAGUUUAGCAAAGGACUUAAAAGUAUGCUUAACUUUGCACAUACAGGCAGUCCCCGGGUUACAUGGAUCCGACUUACAUCAGAUCCCUACUUACAAACGGGGUGAGGCAACCCUGCACUAGCUGCUUUCCCCCAGCAGACCAGGGAGACGCGAAGCUAGUGCCCCCCCAGCAAACCAGGAAGACGCGGAGCGGCUUUUCUCAGCAGACACCUCAGCUUGAGAAUAAAGGACUGAGGGAAGUGAGGUGUGGGAGAAUAAAACUGAGCUCCGGAGAAAUGUUUGGCUAGAGUUUCCCCUACAAUAUGUACCAGUUUCGACUUACAUACAAAUUCAACUUAAGAACAAACCUACAGUCCCUAUCUUGUACGUAACCCGGGGACUGCCUGUACUUAAUUUCAUGGGUCUAAGAUUGCUAAGUAGGGAUUGAUUUAAUUAUGAGCUAAGUACAGUAAAACUCCAAUAGUCCAGCAUCCAGUUGUCUGGCACUCCUGAUAGUCUGGCAUCAACUGGAACCUGGAACUGCUCAGGUCAGCUGCUCUCAUGGCCAGGCCACUGUGAGUUGCAUGCGCUAUCAUGGCCUGCGCUGUUCCGCUCAUGGUCCCCAGCACACACAGCAUCCAGCUUGCACAUGCUAGCAGCCGGCCGCUGAGUACAGACAGCUGCUUCAGGACCCGGACAUAAGGUUGGGGGAGAAGGGGGAUUGGGUGACAGCAGGGAGGGGAGGUGUUUGGCUCUGGGGGAGGGAAGGGGAUGGGAGUGCGAUUGGGUUGCGCGUGGCGUCCCAGCCAGCUCAUUGAAAAGCCGGCCGCUCAGCACACGUCUCCCUCCAGGUGCUGAGGAACACGCGGCUGUACCGGUAGCUCCGAGACCCGAGCAUAAGGUGGGGGGGAUGGGAGGAUUGGGAGUAUGCUCCUUUAUAGUACCUCCCUGUACUCCAGCAUAGCCGAUAAUCCGGCACUACCUAGGUCCCAAAAGUGCCAUAUUAUCAGAAGUCUACUGUACUUUGAAGUAGGGUUUACAGCCAGUGAGACUGAGAUGAAUGGGGAGCUUUGCUUAAAACUUGAUCUAGAGUGGGAAUGUUGUUCACUGUGGUAGUACUCAGCUUGAACUGGCCACUAAACAACUAGCUACUCAUACUGGUUCAGUCUCAUUGUCUUGUAAUCCUACCCAGGCCAAUACAUUACUCUACAGGAAAAGUGCUAUUUUGACUGUACAUGUUGCUCUUAUUAUUGGACUUUGUGUUUUGUUUGUUUCCUUGGAAAGAAUGCAGUUAAAAGCAAAUGGACUGGAAUAACUGAAGGCUGUGAGAUAUUUUUAAUUUUAAGAAAUUUAUAUUGCACAAAGGAAUUUAACAUUGAUUCUUCUUUUGAUUCUUCAUUUACUGUUUCACUGACACAGAAAGCUAAAAAGGAAGUCAAAUCCCAUUUUUGUGUUUUCUCUGUAUUGCAGUGGACUGAUUAGAAGGAAGUUGCUCCUCAAAUAUAGGUUGCAACAAUAUAGUUACAGGAUAUAUUGAACUGAAAAAUGUAAAAGAAAAAUAAGUUUCAUUUUGAUGGAGUACAACUAUUAACGUAUAUUUUUCUAUGUAAAAAUCUGUAUCAGAUGGAAGAAGUACUGUCUAGUGUUCAGAAACACAACAGGUAGCUCUUACUUGAAAAAUGUCAUAACUGUAUACUUGUAACUGAUCAUUACUGCAGUUUGUGUUUAAUGUAUUUUCUUAAUAUGGAGUAUCAUAUUUUUAUCGAUUAAUCAUCUGUAGUAUAUUCUGGUAUCAUUUUUUGGUAUUUCAUAUAUGAAUACUGGUAAUUCUUAAUUGCAAAGUCUUAAAUGCUUUGUAUCAUGUUAGAAAAUAACUGGCACAUUCCUUUUCAGUUAACUGAGUUGAGUUUAUCUAGCCUUACAAAAGGCCAUUAAAAUUUACCAACUCGGGCACAAAAUCUACUUACCUUUUUUAAUAAUAAUGAAACAACUAAUCAUGUUUUGCUCACUGUCACCAAAAAAGUUUAUUCACCUUGGGCAAUAAUUAUUGCAGUGCUGAUGUUUAUUCUGUGUUUGGGUGUAUGUGAGUACAUGCACACGCUCAUUUGUUUACAGGUAACUUAAAUCUUUAAUCUCACAUGUGUAUGAAAUGACUUGUUUUCCCUGGAAUUAAAAAAUUAUAACUUGCUCUCCUCCCAUAA